CGAGAUAAGCCGAGCAGGGCCGGAUGUAGGCAGCACGUGACACAACAUCUGACACAUGAGGGUGACACAAGUGUCGUAUUCAUCGCAUCAUGUGGCUGAAAGUAAUAAUGUGUUUCAAACUGCUUGUACUUCUUGUAAUCGCAGAUACUACACUAGAAAGCUUUGCAUCUGUGUGUCAGAGGCAAUGUGAAAGUGACAUGAAAAAGCAAGUGAAAGCAGACUGUUCGUCACAAGGUCUGAAUAUAAGUGGACGCUGUUGUUACAAUGAGACAAGUAUCUCAAGUGCCGUUGUAAUAGACUUGCACAACUGCAGUUUGGACAAAAUUGAUGAUCUUUUCAAAAACUUGACCCAUCUUAAAAAUAUAUCGUUGGAGGACAAUCCACUCUUUGGCAUUCAAGCAUUGGAUUUCUACAAACUUACUGAACUGGAAUAUCUUUGGCUUCCAGUCAAAAGUGCAUCAGCUGAAUGCCCAGGAGGAGUAAGUGCAUGGAAUAAAUCGGAGAUGACCUCUAGUGUGCUUUUUUGCCAGAAGCUGAUUGACCCUUGUGUAGAAAACAAUGAAACAUGUCCAAAUCCACAAUCUUACUGUAAACCUGCUGGCCCAGGUCUUGUAGACUGUUUGUGUUCUCCUGGUUACCAUGGUUACAAAUGUCUCAGACAGGGGUCCUUUCCAACUGCAGCAUUUGCUGGGGGACUCGCAGGAAGCACACUGGCAUUGUCAGCAGUGCUUUGUUUCUUUCGCACCAAAGGCAUCAAAAAACAUUCAUCCUAAUUCUUCAGGCUGUGAAUGCAUGUUGCAUCAAUAAAUAUGAUCUCAAUGAAUGAAGGCAGAAAAAGUGUACAAGAAAUAUUAGUUUUCUGAACCCAAAAUCUGUUGUAGGGUGGGUACAGAAAAUUGUGUAUGUGAGGGUAUAUAUGCAAACCUUUGAGAAAUUGAAUGUAUGCGUGGAAGGAAAAAAGUGUACCUAACACAUCCAGUAAUGAUCUUUGUACUCAGGUUUCAGAAAAAUGCAUUUAUCCUUAAUAAAAAAUAAAAAAUAAAAAAAA